CCCACUGUCGCCAGUCUGACUGUCCAUCAGCUGUCACUCACUUUCAUCGGUGAUCCGAAUAGAUUUUCGUUUUUUAUCAUUGACAAUCGUCAUUACAAUUGUUAAUACACUAUGUUUAUCAGGAAUCCUUAUUCAGAACACAAUUAAUAUUAAAACCAUAGAGGAAAAAAGUUGCGAUGUUGCGAUAAACUUACUUCCGUGGCGGAUCUACCAUAUAUAUUAUAAAUCUCUUUGGAUCUACCUCUGCAAUAUAACAAGAAAAAUUAAAAUGUAUCAAUACUAGUGGAAAAAAUAGCAGGAUGCUAAUCUUGCAGUAGAUAAAAUAAAAAUAGUUGGGUUAAAGCUAAAUUUGCAUUAUGUCCAGUAAUUCCUUAUUGUUUUCAAUCAACCAUGAAGGUAAAGUGUAUGCUUUAUCUACUAGUGGCUCAUGUUGGAGAGAAUUUAUGUACUUGGGUUUGGAAUUCAAAACUUUAUCUGCUGUGCCGCAUUUUCUGUGGGCUGUAGGAGGCGAUAGACAAAUUUACCUACAUGUUCAUGGCUUAGAAAUACCGAUUCGAGUCAAAGAAGAAUCAUACGAGAAUGAAAGGUGGUUGCCACUAGAAGGAUUCAGUGGUAGGCUGUUGCCUACAGACAGGUAUCAUUUCUCAUCACAAGAUGGCACAAAGGACCGAUCUAUUGACCGCAUUAGAUUACCCUCUAUGGCUUGGCAGUGGGAGGGUGACUGGCAGCUAGAAUUGACAUUGGAUGGUCAGCCUUUAGAUCAUGAUGGUUGGAGUUAUGCCAUAGAUUUUCCAGCACAAUUUGGUCCAACUAAACAGUGGAAGUCUUGUGUGAGGAGAAGGAAAUGGAUAAGGUACAGAAAGUUCAGUGCUAUGAAUUCAUGGUGUGCUAUAGCUCCUCUACACAAGGAUCCCACACAGGAACCAUUUAUAGAUGUCAGUAUUGGUGGCAAUCAAAUACCAUAUGCCAGUUCUGGCACACUGUCAGUUUGGGCUAUAACAGCUCAUGGCCGUGUAAUGUAUCGGACUGGUGUAAGUACAACCUCACCUGAGGGCUUGAAAUGGAUUAAUAUUAGCAUUCCACCAAACUGUGAUAUUAAACAGAUCUCUGUAGGUUCUACUGGUUUAGUAUGGGCACUUCUUUGGACAGGUAGAGUUAUUGUAAGAAAAGGGGUUACUAAGGAUUGCCCAACAGGUGAGGCUUGGUUGGAAGUGAAGUCACCAAAUGAAACUAAAUUAACAUCUAUAUCUGUGGGGUAUAAUGCUAUAUGGGCUGUGGGGUCUGACACCAGGGUAUGGUUUAGAAAGGGUAUAGAUGGCAAUAAUGCUGGAAACUCAGAGGCUGCUGCUAUAGGUAGUGGAUGGUUAGAAAUAACAGGCAACAUGUCACAAAUAUCUGUUGGAAUAAAUGACCAAGUAUUUGCCAUUGGGGACUCUGAUAAGUGCAUUUAUUGGCGAAGUGGGAUUACCCCAACUGAACUAACCGGUAAGAGGUGGAAAAUGAUUCAAGCUAACAUGCAACUCAGUCGCACAUCAAGCUCAGCAAGUGUUGUUUCAUCAGUAUCCAACCCUAAACAUCAUAGUUUAAGUAUGCUAAGUGAAACAGCACCAGAACGUAAGUCAAAUAUUAAUUUACACAAUUCUUGGGAAGAGUCUCAUUCUGCACCUAUAGAACACACCCUGCCAGUUAAAUCACAACGAGAAUCACGGCCUAAAAGUAACAAUAUUAAUUUGGAAAACAUUGAUUUAACUGGAAAAAGUUAUGAAACCACUCUCAAGAAUCCACGUGCUUGGAGUCCCGUGAGAAGUGUAGGUUCAGUGGUGGGCAUGGAAGCACAACCAGACAGUGACAGCAGUGUAUUCGAUGUUGAUUCUGGCAUGUUUUUUGAUGAUGAAAUAAGUCAAACUGCCUGGGGUACCUGUGAAGCAACUUGGGCUUUUGUGGAAGCUGGAGCUUGUUCUAUGGAUGUAAUGCAAGUACCUCAUUGGUUUACUGACUUUCAAAACAUAAAUAAUUCAGAUCUUAUUGCAAAGUGGAGGAUUCAAAUUUUGCAGAGUUUGAAAAAUAGAAAUAGCAUUCAAAAUCUUGAUCUGUCGCAUUAUGGAGCAGCAGUGGAAGAGAAAGGCUGGACUCGCAGCUGUGAGGCCAGGCUGGUGCAUCCAAGCAACAUAAGUGAAGAAUGUAUAUUGUCUUUGUAUUGGCAUGACUUAGAAAAUACAGGAACUUUGUCAAUUUUCCAAGCUGAUGGUACUAUAAAAUUUAUAAUAAGUUUAUGUGAAGUAACAAGUGUCUAUGUGUCAUCAGAACCAGGAAAUGCCAGAAUUAGCCUCUCAGUUCCGCGCCAUAGUGAAGGCACAAUUAAAAUACAAUUUAUUUCAGAAAUGGAACAAGAGGAAUGGUUAAAUGUUUUGGUUGAUAUUACAUCUCAAAUAAAUGGUCUUUCUGGCAAACCUUCUGCCAAUUCAGUAUGGGCUGUAACAAUGGCUGGUGAUGUCUUAAACUGGGAUCCAAUGCCUACUAAAGUGAACAGCGAAAAAAAUGGUACUUAUACUAAAGAAUUUCAAGUUUUUGGAAAAGACAUACUUUCUGGAUUAACAACAAAUUUGUAUAACAAUUUUCCUCCUGGCAGCAGUUUAAUCCUCACAGGUUGUUUAUGUGAUGAAAUUAAACGAUGUUCUAUAAAUUUGUGUGGUCCUGAAGUUAAAAAGCAAAGACAUAAGAUAGAGAUGGAAGUUGUGGAAAUACCAUUCCAUUUUAAUAUAAGAUUUGAUGAGAAUGUUGUAGUUUGUAAUACAAUGAUGUUUGGAAGUUGGGGUGUAGAGGAACGACAUGAGUUACCAUUGAAACCAGGCCAGGAGUUCUCGAUGAUAAUUAUUUGUGAAGUUAAUGAGUUGAGAGUCGUCAUUAAUGGUAAAAGUUAUUGUAGCUAUAAACACAGAGUGAGUCCUGAAAGCAUAACUUCUGUGUCUGUGAAAGGACCAUUAAAGCUAUUCACAAUGGAAUAUUGCACAACAAGUGUCAUUAUAGGGGCAGAUGAAAUGUUCUGGCGCAUGAUGGGAGGAUAUUUGCGCCGCGUAGAAUGUUCUGAAAACGGCGUAGUGUGGGGCAUAUCUCAUGACCACAGGGCUUGGGUCUACACUGGAGGUUGGGGUGGUGGAGUUCUUAAAGGUAUUGGAAGCAAAGAAGCCAUUCAUUCAAUGACUGAUACUCAAACAUAUUGCGUAUACGAAAAUCAAAGAUGGAACCCGCUCUCUGGUUACACUUCUACAGGGCUCCCCACAGAUCGGUACAUGUGGAGCGAUAUAACUGGGAAGCAUAAAAGGACUCGUGAACACACCAAACUUCUGAGCCGUCAUUGGCAUUGGAUUUCAGAAUGGAUGAUAGAUUACAACACACCAGGUGGAGUAGAUACAGAUGGCUGGCAAUAUGCAACAGAUUUCCCAGCUCCAUAUCACGGAAAAAAAAUCUUUACUGAUUGCGUCCGAAGAAGAAGGUGGUAUAGAAAAGCUCAAAUAAUUACCGAAGGACCUUGGGUACGUGCUGGCAGCACAGCAUUACUCGAUAUAUCUUUAUGGGUUAAUGGUGACGAAGUAUCUGUUUGGGCUAUUACAUUAGGUGGUGAUGCAAUUUACCGCACAGGAGUUACACCUUCAACACCGGCAGGCCAACAUUGGGAACACAUAAACAGCCCACAGUCAUUAAUCGCAAUAAGCACAUGCAACAAUGUUGUUUGGUCGGCUGGACGAAAAGGCGAGUUGUACUGCAGAGAUAUUUCAAAAGAGAAUCCAGGGGGACUCACUUGGAAAUUAGUGGAGCAACCAAAGAGUGGCAACCCUUAUAUUCAUAAAAGCGCUGGCGCUAAAGUAGUCUCCCUCACUGAAGUGUCUGCGUGGGUUAUUCUCUCGGAUGGUGCUAUUGCGGUCAGGACCCAUAUUUCAAAAGAGAAACCAGAAGGCAAGGAAUGGAAAUAUUUAUCCGAUAGCGACCUGACGUUCAAAUACGUAUCGAGCAUGCACCAAGCAGUUUGGGCUGUUUGUUCGGCUGGGACGCUCCAGCGCCGGCUCGGUGUGACGACAGACAACCCGGCGGGCACUGCCUGGCAACGAGUUCUGUCUGGCUCUAUCGUGCACGUGUCUGCGAGAGGACUGGCGCCACGCUAGCAACACAACACGCUAUAGCCUGUUUUCUCUGCGAAAUCGAUAACACAUUGAACGCCAAUACCUACCAGUGAUUGCAUUUGUUUGAAUGUAAUUCAGAAUUAUUUUUUUCUUUUAUUGGAUUUUAAAGUAAUGAAUUGCAUUUACGUUGAUAUGUAUUUUAAAUACUGUAAUGUAUUUUUAAGGUCUUCAAAUUUCUAAACAAUGCAGCGUCGGUGUAAUAGUCUUGUAAAUGACAAAUAUAUAUUGUAGUAUCGGAAAAUGUGAAGUCAUGACUCAUUACCUACUAAAGCUAUCUAGAGGACCAUUGAGUUAUUUUUAUUUAAUUUAAAAAACGAAUAAAAAAUAUUUUGUAGACCCAGUUAUCUGGCGUUCAAUUUGUUACUUUUAUGAAUAGCAUUGUAAUUGUAAUUUGUCAACAAAUAUGUAUAAAAUUAAGGUGCUAUUGUGUAUGUAAAAGUUGUUGGCAGCGGGGUUCGGGGACGCUAGCUACGAACUCUCAGGUAUCGGAAUCCGAUUAUGGAACACGACUGAUACUCGCUAGGCACGAGCAAGAACUUGCAUAUGGCCAUUAAUAUGUAAACAGCUAAUUGAGCCGCAGUUCCAUUGCUGCGUAGGAUGUGUGCGCAGAAUUUACAGUUAGCUGCUUGGGUGCGUAGCCCACAGAGCAGCACAUGCGACUGUGAUAUUGGAAUAUGUUGAAACAUUAAACGAACUAAAACAAUCCUCAUAGCUAUGACUAAGAUGCAGCUAUAGCAUUGAACUACAUGGAUAUGUUCAAAGUAGAACGAAGUACUGGCCCCGAUACUUCAUCUUUUAAAGCUUUUUUUUUUAUUAUGUAAUCACUGUGUUCGCUCUGGUGACACCUAUGUGGCUGCCAAUGCCUUUCGCGUACACCUCAUAAUUGCAUCAGAGGCUGAGUAUGCUUUGUGGUCAAAAAUGCCAAUAAUGAGCAACUAAAAUAUAUAAAGUAUUAUGUUUUUUAAGCCAAAAUUUAAUCAGCUUAUGAUCUCCGUAUUUAGAUUUUUAUUGAUGUAUUUAUUAGCUUGUAAUCUUUCAUUAGGUGUUGUUUAUUCUUUGUUUUUUAAGAGUAAUUGCUCAUACUUAUGUCAAAUAGUUUAUUCUACAUUUAGUAUGUAAUGUAAGAAAAGACAAUUUUUAAUUAUUAUUAUUUUCUAGUCAUUUAUUUUAUUUACUGGAAUUACAAAUUUUAUGAGGUGUCUAGAUUUGUAUGUGCCAGCAGAUAUAUCAAAAUUAAGCUUUCUAUUUAUAAGCCCAUAUUAAACUGAGAUACAAAAUAUAAA